UUGACAGUUAAUAAAGACCAGAAGCUGCUCCAUCAGUUGGGAUUUUCAGAUGAGCAAGCUCUGACUGUGAAGACGCUGGGAGGAGGCACGCCAGCGGAAACCUCAGCCAGCAGUAGCAGUAGUGCCACGUUCAACUCCUCCUAUGUUAUGGAACAGGUAGGCACCAGGGUGGCGUGAAUGUUCUUUUUGGUCAGUUGAUCAGGUCUGUAAGAACAAUAAAGUUUUUAAUUGUGCAAUUUGCAGGAAAAAUCCCUCCCUGGUGUGGUGAUGGCUCUGGUCUGCAAUGUAUUCGAUAUGUUGUACCAGCUUGCCAACCUGGAGGAACCAAG